AUAGAAUAGGUUCGAAUUUCUUAAUCAACGGUUAUGAAAAUGUUGAGCACAAAAAUAUUGAAGAAAAUGACCUGCCUAAAUCGCGGAAAUUCAAUAUUUCAGAAAUUAAUACCUUCCACGUGUUCGCAUGGAAACCUCGAUAAAUCCGCCCACACCGAUAUUCCAAAACCGAAUUUUCAAGAAUUCCGGAGGAAGUCGAUCGAGGAUCCAAACAUUCCAGCAUCUCAAAGUGCGGCCGAACGUAAAGGGCUUUCCCAUUUCGCGUCUUUUGUUGCAGGGGUGGGAUUAAUGUACGCCAUCAAAGGCCAUGGCUUGCAUUACUUGUAUUACAUGUCGCCGGCCCGUGACAUAUUGGCAACUGCCCAGACCGAAGUAAAUAUUAGCGAAAUCCCAGAAGGGAAAUCUAUGGUGGUGAAAUGGCGAGGGAAGCCCGUUCAAAUAAUUCACAGAACGCAAGCACAUAUCGACCAGGAAAGGGCCAUCAGGGUGGCCGAUCUGAGAGAUCCCCAAACGGACGAGGAGCGGGUCCAACGCCCUGAAUGGCUGGUGGUAAUUGCUAUUUGCACGCAUCUAGGAUGCAUUCCUAUUGCUGGUGCUGGGUCCGUAAGUGGAGGAUUCUUUUGCCCAUGCCAUGGAUCUCAUUUCGACGCCGCAGGACGAGUUCGUAAAGGUCCUGCUCCUUACAACCUGGAGGUCCCGCCAUACUCGUUCGUCGACGACUCCAACAUACUCAUCGGCUGAAAAUAUCCGAUGGCAGUACUUUA